UCAAGCAUACACCAGUGUCUCCACUACUCCCUCCCUCCCUCCCUCCCUCCCUCCCACUCUCUGUUCACAUUGGAACUCAAAAUCAUUUGCAGAAACCCAAAUCUCCGCCAUCGAACACUCUCUCUUUCUUUCCCUGACUUCUACAGAAGAAACCUCGGAUAUCAAUCCUCACAACUCAAAUGCCAAGCUAAUCAAAUCCAAAAAUGGGUCACCUUAAUCUCUCCGGGUCAAAGCGAAACCCCAGGCAGUGGAAGCUAUUGGAUAUUGUGUCUGCGGCUUUUUUCGGCUUUGUGUUUCUAUUCUUCAUUCUGGUUUUCACUCCCCUGGGGGAUUCUUUGGCCGCAUCGGGGCGCCAAGCUCUACUUCUCUCGACAUCGGAUCCGAGGCAACGACAGCGGCUGGUGGCUCUGAUUGGAGCGGGCCAACAUCAGCAGCCCAUCGAGGCUUGCCCUGCGGACUCCGUGGAUCACAUGCCGUGCGAGGAUCCUCGGCGCAACAGCCAGCUUAGCAGGGAAAUGAAUUUCUACAGGGAGAGGCACUGCCCUUUGCCUGAACAUACCCCACUCUGCCUCAUUCCUUCUCCUGCUGGCUACAAGGUGCCUGUUCCCUGGCCGGAGAGCUUGCACAAGAUAUGGCAUGCCAACAUGCCAUACAACAAGAUCGCCGACAGGAAGGGUCAUCAGGGAUGGAUGAAAGAGCAAGGACCAUACUUUCUUUUUCCUGGUGGUGGCACAAUGUUUCCAGGGGGAGCAGGCCAAUAUAUUGAAAAGCUUGGACAAUACAUACCCAUAAGUGGUGGAACUCUGAGGACUGCCCUUGAUAUGGGGUGUGGGGUUGCUAGUUUUGGAGGUUCUCUGCUAGCAGAAGGCAUAUUAACCCUCUCAUUUGCCCCAAGAGAUUCACACAAAGCACAGAUACAAUUUGCAUUAGAAAGAGGGAUUCCAGCUUUUGUUGCCAUGCUUGGUACACGUAGACUCCCGUUUCCUGCGUUCUCGUUUGACUUCAUACAUUGUUCGCGGUGUUUGAUCCCUUUUACGGCCUACAAUGCUACUUACUUUAUGGAAGUAGAUCGAUUACUUCGACCUGGAGGGUACCUAGUCAUCUCUGGUCCACCUGUCCAGUGGCCCAAACAAGACAAAGAAUGGGCAGACCUCCAGGCUGUUGCAAGAGCUUUGUGUUAUGAGCUGAUUGCUGUGGAUGGAAACACAGUUAUCUGGAAAAAGCCAGUUGGUGAUUCAUGCCUUCCUAACCAGAAUGAAUUUGGGCUUGAAUUGUGUGAUGAAUCUGAUGACCCAAGCUCUGCAUGGUAUUACAAGUUAACAAAAUGUGUGACUAGGACAUUUUCCAUUAGCGGAGAAUAUGCAGUUGGGGCUAUUCCAAAGUGGCCGGAUAGGCUAACAAAAGCUCCUUCCAGGGCAAUGGUCAUGAAAAAUGGAGUUGAUGUGUUCGAUGCUGACACAAGGCGGUGGCAAAGGAGAGUUGCAUACUACAAAAAUUCUUUGAAUGUGAAGCUAGGAACUCCUGCUAUCCGCAAUGCCAUGGAUAUGAAUGCAUUUUUUGGAGGCUUUGCAGCAGCACUUGUUUCUGACCCUGUGUGGGUCAUGAAUGUUGUUCCUGCUCGAAAGCCAGCAACUCUAGAUGUAAUUUAUGACAGAGGCCUCAUCGGCAUUUACCAUGAUUGGUGUGAACCUUUCUCAACUUAUCCUCGUACUUAUGAUCUCCUUCAUGUAGCUGGCAUUGAAUCCCUCAUAAAGCAUCCAGGUUCAACCAAGAGCAGGUGUAGCCUUGUGGAUUUAAUGGUUGAGAUGGAUCGAAUAUUGCGUCCUGAAGGGACCGCUCUGAUUCGAGAUUCCCCUGAAGUUAUCGACAAAGUGGGUCGCAUAGCUCAUGCUGUAAGGUGGACAUUCACCGUAUAUGAGAAAGAACCUGAGUCACAUGGGAGAGAGAAAAUUCUUGUGGCUACAAAAACAUUUUGGACAUUACCUUCAUCAACCCGCUAAGGCCCUUGCCCUACCAUGUAGGUAUUUUUCCUUUCUCUCCUCUUUUUGUCCCACAUUUUGUUGACAAAGUAUCAUCUUGAUGCAUCCAACAGAUGCAGUUUUCUUUCUCCUUAUUUGGUUUAUUUAGAUUAUUUGGAAAUAGUAGGAUGGUUAAAAAUGGGAUGAAGUACAAAAGAUGGAAAGACCAUGCAGUCUUAUAUAUAUUACAAUACAAAAUAGCAGUGGCAUUGACAAUUUUCAACAAGUUUUACGGGAGUGUAAUUCUAACAUUAUUUAUCCUACACCAAUUUAAUUGUGUUGCAGUAUUCCCAUUAUCA